CCGUCUUUCUUAACGUUUAAAACUCCCAGAGUUCUUUGCUUGAGCCAAGAUUUUACAUUUAUGGAUUUUAAUAACUCAUGAACAUAUACAGACAACAUGGAUGUGAAGGAGCAAAGCAUAGCUAAUCAAUCCUCUCUGACAGAAUUUCUUCUCCUGGAAUUCUCAGAGGUUCGGGAACUGCAGAUCCUGCACUUCUUUGUGUUCCUUGCCUUUUACCUGGCAACAGUAACUGGAAAUCUUCUCAUAAUCUCUGCAGUAGCCUUUGACCACCAUCUGCACACCCCCAUGUACUUUUUCCUGAUGAAUUUGGCCAUGAAGGACCUGGGCCAAAUUUCAGUCAUUAUCCCCAAAUCCAUGGCCAAUUCUCUCAUGAAUACCAGGCACAUUUCAUACUUAGGGUGUGCUACUCAAGUCCUCUUCUUGCUCUUCUUUUUGGCAUCUGACAUCUCUCUUCUCACCGUCAUGGCAUAUGAUCGGUAUAUUGCUAUUUGCAAUCCAUUACAGUAUGAAAUGUUGUUGAAUAAGCAAGUCUGCAUCCAAAUGGUUGCUAGUGUAUGGAUCAGCAGCUUUCUCUAUGGAGUGUUACACACCGGAGGCACCUUUGCAUCUCCUUUUUGCUCCAAUGUUGUCAAUCAGUUUUUCUGUGAAAUCCCACAAUUACUUAAGCUGGCCUGCUCUGAUUUGUACCUAAUUGAAAUUGGAGCUGUUGUGUUAAGUGCUGUCAUUGGCUUGGGAUGCUUUCUCUUUAUCAUUAUAUCCUAUGUGCACAUCUUCACUGCAGUGCUGAGAAUCCCCUCUGUUGAAGGAAGGCAAAAGGCUUUUUCAACUUGCCUUCCCCACCUCAUGGUUUUUUCCACAUUUGUAUUUACUGGGUGCUUUGCUUACCUCCUGCCCACAUCGAACACCCCAUCAUUUCUGGAUUUGGCUUUUACCAUGAUGUAUUCUAUGUUUCCACCUUUGAUGAAUCCAAUAAUCUACAGCAUGAGAAACAAGGAGAUGAAGCUUUCCCUUUCAAAACUAUUGGGAUUUAGACAGUCAUCUAUGAAUGCAUUCUUCAAUUUUUUGUGUAGAUGUAACAUGGACGUGAAGGAGGAAAGCAUAGCUAAUCGAUCCGCUCUGACAGAAUUUCUUCUCCUGGAAUUCUCAGAGGUUCGGGAACUGCAGAUUCUGCACUUCUUUCUGUUCCUUGCUUUUUACCUGGCAACUGUUAUAGGGAAUCUUCUCAUCAUCGCUGCAGUAGCCUGUGACCACCAUCUGCACACCCCAAUGUACUUCUUCCUGAUGAACUUGGCCAUGCAGGACCUGGGCCAAGUCUCAGUCUUUAUCCCCACAUCCAUGGCCAAUUCUCUCAUGAAUACCAGGCACAUUUCAUACUUGGGGUGUGCUACUCAAGUCCUCUUACAUGUUUUCUUUUCAGCAUCAGAUUUCUCUCUUCUCACUGUCAUGGCAUAUGAUCGGUACAUUGCUAUUUGUAAUCCAUUGCAGUAUGAAAUGUUGAUGAAUAAGCAAGCCUGCAUCCAAAUGGUUGCUAGUGUAUGGAUCACUGGCUUUCUCUAUGGAGUGUUACACACAGGAGGCACCUUUGCAUCCCCUUUCUCCUCCAAUGUUGUCAAUCAGUUUUUCUGUGAAAUCCCACAGUUACUUAAGCUGGCCUGCUCUGAUUUGUACCUAAUUGAAACUGGAGUUAUUGUGUUAAGUGUUAUUAUUGCCUAG